AAAUGAUAUUUUACAAAGGCUGAUUUACUAAAAUGCAAUUAUUCUUGAGAUAGGACAUAGAAUUUUACUAGGAUCUUUGAACUUAAGACACAGCACUGCAGUUAAAUUUAGAUCAAUGAGACUAGAUACUGUUUUAAGUUUAAAGUUAGCUCAGAGUUAGCCCAGUUGGGGCUCUUAGCCGAGCCACAAGUCUUGUCCGAAUGGAAUCGAUUAAAUUUGUAUAAAAUAUUGAUAAAGCAAUAACAGAGAUGCCUUUACCGAGUGGAUAUAAAGAACCGGAUGACAGUCAAACAUGGGAAUUGGCAGAAAGGUGUCUUCUUCCAAUUGCAUUUUCACAUGCAGUUGCAGUCAUCUUAGCAACUGUAUUAAAUACAUUAGGUAUAUCACAGACAUCUAGUUUUGUGCUUUUUCUCUUAUUAUUAGUAAUAUCCAUAGGAUCUACGCUAUUCUACCACAACUUAAAGGUAACUGCUGCAGGGAAAGCAGUUCUUGUUACAGGAUGUGAUUCAAGAGUUGGAUAUACAUUGAGUAAACAAUUAGAUGAAUUGGGAUUUACAGUUUUUGCUGGAUUUAGUACUAAAGAGGAAAACGAAGAGGUGAUGCAUAAGUUAAAGCAAGAAGCUUCUGGUAGAUUACAUGUAUUACAAUUAGAUGUUACCAGUGAACAUGAUAUUCAUUCAACUUUUCUUUACGUAAAUGAAAACUUACCGGAUGGCGCACCAGGAUUAUGGGCAUUGAUACAUGCUGCGGCUUGGGUAACUUUAGGCGAAUGCGAAUGGGUGCCUUCUUCAGUUUUGAAACGUAGCAUAGACAUAAAUUUCAUAGGUCUUGCUCGAUUAACUCAGGUUUUUCUACCUCUGAUCAGAAGAUCGAAAGGUCGUGUUGUGUUAGUCAGCAGCCUCUUAGCUCGUAUACCAAGUCCCGUUCGAGGCAUUUAUUGCGCAGUUAAGGCUGCGGUUGAAGCUUGGGGAGCAUGUCUUAGAUUGGAAAUGAGAAGAUGGGGAGUAGAUGUAGUUAUCGUUGAAACAGGUGAAUAUGUAUCCGGGAACGCAUGGUUAAAAAAUAAUAGUUCACUGUUGGAACAAGCUAGAGAAAUGUGGACCCAGUUAGAUCCUCAGACUCGCAAAGAAUACGGACAAGAAUUAUUUCAAAAAGAAAUGUUAGCCCUGGAGAAAUAUACUCAAGGCCCAGAAGCAGAUUUGACACCGGUAACCAGAGCUUUAACCGACGGUGUUAUAAAAACAUUUCCUAUUAGAAGGUACACACCAGUUUCUCGUAAAGAAAGGAUACAGGCUUUGUGUAGCGAUUAUCUUCCAAAACCAGUUUACGACAUAUUAUAUACAAAUUAAUUAGAAAUAGAGGUGAUCAGACGCAAUUAAAAGUAAAAAAAUGUUUAACAUUAUCUGAAAUUUAAUAAACACUGCCCAUUAAAAGAAAAUAAUUCAUGUAUGUACUAUUGUAAAUAAUAAGACUAUCGUUAUAAAUUAUAUUUUUAGAUUCAUUUUCACAAACAAAGAAUAAAAUUGAAAUAAUACAUACAUUGUAUUGCACAGUUACUAUAAUGUAAAUUUUGUCUUAUAUUUUCCCAUAAAUUUACAGUUUUCGCAUGCCUUCGAUAUAACUAUAAUAUUUACGUCAAUAAAAGCAACGAAGAACCUAAAUACGAAAAAUCCCAAAUAAUCUUUUUUUACAGAGGUAAUUUACUUAAAAAUGUUCCAUAGAGUUAUUAAAUCGUACAUGGAUAUAAAAUUAUAAACGUGUGCAUGCACAAAGAUCGUACAAAUAUUAGAAAAUGAUAUUCAAUUUAUUAUGUUGUAUUGAAUUAUAUACACAUAACUAUUUAGCUCAUUAUACGAAUUGACACAAAAGAGUACAUCUAGGGAACAUUAUCUAUCGGAACGGGAUGUAAUUUAGCGUAGGUAAACAAGUUCCAUUAUACAUAAAUGACAGUUAAAUAAGUUAUUAAUAUACUUGUUAAUAGAAAAUAAUUGUAAUUAAAAAAUGUACUAACUAAAUCUAAACACUUUAUAAUGAAAAUUAUAGUAAA